AUGUCCUUUAUUCAUCCUUUCCAGCCUCUCGACGCAGAGGAAGUCCUGCAGGCUGCCCAAAUUGCGAGGGCCGUCUUUCCAGGGAAGAGCCCCAACUUCAGAGUCAUUACCCUUCAAGAGCCGCCCAAAAAGCUCAUGGUUCGAUGGCUCGCCAGCCAAGACCUAAAUCAUAACGACGUAGAGAAGCCGCCUCGUUUUGCGCGUGUCCAAGUGGUCCUCCUUGAGGGGGAGGGGCCAGGCCAGCUAUAUGAUCUCCUGGUCGAUCUUGAUCAGUCAACAGUUGUGAAGAAAGAGCAUAUGGCGGGCAAGCACUCAUACAUCGACUCCAACUAUAUGCGUGCCGUCGAGGAAGCGUGCCGUGCUGAUGCACGAGUGCAAGCCGAGAUUGACAAGCUGAACCUACCCAUAGGCUCAACAGUUUGCAUUGAGACUUGGGCAUAUGCGACGGAUGGCGAAAUUGCCACCGAGCAGCGUACAACCAUGUGCUGGUUUUACAUGCGGCUGAUGGAUCAUCCGGACACAAACUACUAUGCCUACCCACUCGAGCUGUGUGCCGAAGUGUCAGAACAGCUAAAGGUCACCAAGGUGUACCAUCUCCCAUCGGCGGCUGACGAGAGGGCGAGUGAGCAAGGACGUCCGUUUGACCAUCGAAAGAUCCAUUCAACAGCCGCCUCCGAGUAUCAUCCCGUUCUGAGGCCCCCUCCACGCUCAAGCACGAAGCCUUACCAAGUCGUCCAGCCCGAGGGACCCUCUUUCCAGACAAGCGGGAACUUUCUUACCUGGGAGAAGUGGUCACUUCACAUUGGUUUUAAUUACCGUGAAGGCUUGACCUUGCACGACAUCCGCUACGAUGGGCGCAGCUUAUUCUAUAGGCUCUCGCUUUCAGAGAUGUUUGUCCCUUACGGCGACCCUCGGAAGCCAUAUCCUCGCAAAGCUGCCUUUGACUUAGGUAACGACGGCGCUGGAAUUAAUGCCAAUAACCUCCAACUCGGAUGCGAUUGCCUGGGAACUAUUAAGUAUUUCAGCGCCUGGCAUAACACCAGCUCUGGAAUGCCUCUCAAGAUGCCCAACGUCAUCUGCUGCCACGAGCAGGACGACGGAAUCAUGUGGAAACAUACAAACUUCCGUACUAAGAAUGCCGUGGUAACUCGAUCUCGUGUCCUUGUCCUCCAGACGAUUAUCACAGUUUCCAACUAUGAGUAUAUCUUUGCUUUCCACUUUGGCCAGGAUGCCUCCAUCCAUUAUGAAGUUAGAGCAACUGGAAUCCUAUCUACAGUUCCAAUCGACCUUGGUGAUACUGUGCCUUAUGGAACCGUCGUGGGACCUGGAGUCAUGGCGCCGUACCAUCAGCAUAUGUUCUGCUUGCGACUAGACCCUGCAAUUGAUGGGCAAAACAACACCCUGCAGGUUGAAGAGUCACAUGCCAUGCCAGUGGAUGGGAGCAUCCACAAUCCUUACUCGGUCGGUUACACAACGGUGAAGGAAAACGUGGAAAACGAGGGCGGCUUGGACCUUGACAUCACCAAAAACCGAGUGUUCAAAAUCAUCAAUGAACAGAAGAUCAACCCUAUCACCAAAACACCCGUCGGCUUCAAGAUCUAUCCCAUUUACAGCCAAAUGCUGCUGGCAAAUGCUGAUUCCUUCCAUGCCAAGCGGUCUGAGUUUGCAAAACACGCCAUCUGGGUGACUCGAUAUGACGACGAAGAGCUCUUCCCAUCUGGUCGCUACACGAUGCAAUCAAUUGGCGGCGACGGCAUCGAGUCCGCCAUCAAGCGCCGUCGGCAGGAUCCGGGUAGCUCGACCUCGGUCCGAAACGAAGACAUUGUGGUCUGGCACACUUUCGGGUCAACUCAUAAUCCAAGGAUCGAGGACUGGCCGGUCAUGCCGUACGAGAAGAUGACGAUGAGCUUGAAGCCAGUCAACUUCUUCCUCGGUAACCCUGCAUUGGACGUUGCUGUAUCUACACAGGCCAUGAACAAGAGCGUGCUCGACGAAAGAGAAGAUAAGCAGCCCAAGAGCUGCUGCAGCUCAAGAUUGUGA